CCGGUGUCUUGAAAGUGUGCAGCAGCAGCAGCAGCAGCAGCAGAGAACAGUGUAGAGGCAGACGGGUUGGAGAUCCAUCGGGGGAAUAUCCAGAAAGCUGCUGCUGGGGUGAAGCAUCACGCAGGCAGUGAUUACCAGACGGCUGUGUGCAUGGUCUGAUGAGUGCCCUGUCUGUCGGCUCUGAAAUGCAGUCUCCAGCCCCCGGCCCACAGUUUACAGUGGGGCCGCCGGGGAAGGUGCCCGGCAGGAAGAGAGGACGCCCUCCCAUCCGUAAGCUGGAGUUCCAGAGUCACUAUGUCGAGCCUCUGUCGCAACUCAAAGUCCCGAAGAAGAGAGGCAGGAAACCUGGCUUCAAGCUGAAGCCCAGGAUGGUGAUGUCCUUGGCCAACUCUUCUCCGAACAGCACACCAGAACCGGAGAUGGGCUCAGUCCCACAGGACGCUGCCAUCGUCCCCCACUCUACCACACCACAGGUCCUAACAGCAGAGACACCAAUGCCUGAUGACUUCUUGUGUGACCCACCAGUGGACUCCAAGCGCUACGCCAUCGAUCCCAGUGACUCGGCUUUCAAUGUCAUGACGUCGCAGUACCAAACAAAGCACUCGUAUGGUUACCGUGGCAGUAGUUGCUCUACCCCGAUGGCUUUGUGCAGACAGGCGUCCAGCCCAGCAAGCUUCCAGGAGGCAAACAGAAAUGGCUGCAGCUCAAUGCCAGACUCUGGAGAGUGCAAACGUCCUGUUGGUAAGGACCCAUCGAGCUGGGGUGUGGAGGAGGUGGUUUGGUUUAUCAAAGACGCCGACCCUCAAGCCCUGGGUCCUCACGCCGAUGCCUUCAGGAAGCAUGAGAUAGACGGAGACGCUCUGCUCCUGCUGAAAAGCGAGAUGAUGAUGAAGUACCUGGGACUGAAGCUGGGCCCCGCGGUCAAACUCUGCUACCACAUCGACAGGCUCAAACAGAAUCGGUUGUGACUUUCUGCAAAAGGGUCAAACACCUUAACAGCUUUCACUAAAACUGAACCAGUACUUAAUCUCUCAGACUUUCUCAACCAUCAGCAUCAGCUCAUGAACGCCUUCGGCCUGGGAUUGCAUACUUGACGGCUUUUAAUGCAUCUGCACCACAUUUUGUUGACAAAUUGGACACAUUAACUGUAAAUAAUGAGACAAUUUGCAGCUGAAGCUUUUGAGUGUUUUUUUUAACCUUUAUUUACUGGUUAUCUGAGUGGUUUUACAUUGGAAAUAGUUCGGCUCCACGCAGAUGGCAGCUAUUGUUUUAUUCAAAUGUGACUCUGUGUGAAUGUGAAUCAUGGACACUGCAGCUACACAUCAGGAGACCAACACAGACGGUGUUCUGACCUGGUGUUAACUUCUAUCCUGAGUGAUCUGAUCACAAGCGUUCAUCGCUAACUGUAGACCUGAAAGCAUCCAAAUGUAUGCUCAACGCGUCCUGACAACCGAACACUCAGAGGAGAUCUGUGAGGCAUGUGGCCACAUGAGAAAAAAAAUAAUGAUUAGGAGGCACAUUCAGGACCCAUGUCAUCCAGUCACCCAUGUGACUAGAUCUCUCAAGACGGAUUUUAGUACCAGGUCUGAACAGGGCCAAAGACAGAGAUCUUAAAAAACGUUGUGCUUCGUUACCUCAGUAGCAUGUUGUGACUUCAAGAUGCCUUGCUGCUGAUUAUCUAUUUUGUUCUAUAUUGAUUAUGAUGGUUAUGCAGGUAACUCUCAAACUCUUUAUGAAGUUAAUGAGCAGUAAGUAAAAGCUGCUGUCUUCGGAAAUCAAAAAGAAAGCUGCACAAAGUCAAACUUGUAUCAGCUGGAAAAUAGAAGUCCUUAGAACCAUUCUCUGUUUUAUCCUGAUAACAAAUAACAUAAGACUCCAGAAAGAAACAACGUGUCUCAUGAAUAAACAUGGACUUUCAACAUGUUCACAUAUAAAUUGCAAAUCGUGUCACACUCGUUGGUUUCAAUAUUGAGUUACAACCUUGCAACUGUGUCAGAAGGCUGCAAAGUGUUGUGAGCCAUAGCAACUGGUAGCAAACCCAUAAAGGUUGAUGCUCAAUGAAACCACUACUGCCAUAACACUGAAUCACUCUUCUCAUACAGUGUCUAUGUGUGACUUCCUGAUGAGGCCAGUUUAUAUUCCUCUCAUGCAAGUUUUGCAUUAAUUCAUCUUCACACUGUAAAAUGUGUGACGUAAAAAAUCCUGAGCAUUAAGAGUAACAGCAUUAAUAAUAUUUGAAGCCAUCAAACACGCUUUUGUCUUUUAAAAUAGUACAAGCAACUUUUAAACUCGUUGAUUAAUCUCAUGCAGUAUAUGGCCGAUUUGUUUAAUUUGUGAUUUAACAUUGUUUUUUAAAAUGUAUGUACAGUUCUCAAUAUUAGAUAUUUUGUGUUCAAGACAUUUUUGUUAAUUUGCUAAAAAAAAUGUCUGCCACAAAACAGACUAAUGUGAAUUACAGCAUGUAUGUAUGUAUGAUUCUUUGUGUAUUCCAGGAGUGUCUACAGCUAUGGACUACUGUCAUCUUCAGAAUAACUUGAUCUGAUAACUGGAAUUCAACGAUUUGUAAGAAACGUUGUUUCCCAAAACCAAAAUAUUUUAAAAUGUCUUUAUUAUUAUUUGACUCACCCUAACCCUAACCCUAACCCUAUUUACCUUUCCUUCCUUUUAACAGGAAUGUUUUUUUUAUAAAGCGCUCUUUUCCCAGAAAAAAAUAAAAUGUUUUUAAAUGAA